AUGGCGCCUCGCUGGUUUAAGAAAGUCGAAUCUAAGGCCAAAAAGCUGUUGUCUCAUUCGGCUCCUUCACCAUCACCUUCGCUGAUAACGUCUCAGCCUGCAUCCGGACCAGUAACUCAAGUAACAUCCCAGUCAACGCCUUCCCCACCCACCUCGAUAGAUACUGAAACCUUGCCGCUGCUGAAACGACUUUGGAACCAGGCCUACGAUGACCUUAAAGCGAGCGAGCCCAAACUCAUCGAAGCGUACAAGAAGAUCCUAUUAGUUGGACUUCACCGAAAGGACCUGAGCUCUAUUACUUGUGAAUCAACGGAAAACGAGAUAGAGGGGGCUCUAGUUGGUCCGGGAUGGACUAGACCGGACGUAGAAAGCAGCGCCGCACUGGAAGCUGCUAUCGCCUGGGUUAGCGUCUGCCUUAGACUAGAGAUACUUUUGAACCCUGUCACCGAGGUACGUGAUAAUUGCAAAGGCAUUGCCUACGUCCUAUCCAAAAUAGAGUAG